CCUCCCUAGAGUACCGUUGUGUGUCCAGGUCCCCAGAGUAGUAGUUUCCGCGCCCUGGGGGAAGGGGACUUCCAAGUUGCACGCGGUUCACGGGGGAACAGAGGUGGCCAGUGGAGGAAGGUCUGGUCGGUCGGCCGGAAGGAGGACGUAGAAGAGAAGUGCCGGCCAUGUGGUUUAGUCAGGACCCAUCAGGUGGAGUUGGUUGCGAGAGUCGAAAUCCGGCAGUACUGGUACCAGUACUAGUGUAGUAGUAGUAGUUUUCGUGUUGGUGGUGGUGGUGGUAGUAGUGACCAGUGAACUCACUACCAGCGCACCAAAAAAAAAAAAAGGACACGCAAAAAAGGCAAGGUAUCAAGGAGAAGAGGCGUGGGGGCGGGGCUAGGGACAGGAUGGGCCGAUCCCAGUCGAAGGAGUCGGCCGCCGGAAACAACCCGUGGGAGGCGGAAGCGGUGGCGCAGCGGAAGCGCGAGCGGCGCGAGCAGAGCGCCCUGGAGGCGGCCAAGGAGCAGGAACGGCGGGCCCGGAAGGCGCAGCGGCGCGCCGAAAAGGAGAGCAAAAAGCAGAAACGGCGCCAGAAGGGCCAGAAGCAGAAGCAGCGACGGUCCCGGUUGGACGAGCUGCGGGACACCGAACCGCCACCGAUCGUGCGCAAAUCGAAGGCCCGGCUGGACGAGAACGAUUACGAUUCGGAGGCGAAGCGCCGGAUGCAGCACCAGCUCGCCUUCAACAGUGACAUCUUCGUCCUCAACCAGCUCAUGCUCGGUGUCCAGUUCUACGGCAACUUCGAGAGGGAGAUGUGGGAAGCGGUCGAGCGGAACCGGGCCGAGGAGAACCGGCGGAAUGGGCGCACCUCGCGCCACUGCAAAACGGUGAUACUGCCGGAUCGGUUGCUAGAGGCAGUGGACCGACGCGUCAAGUUUUACGCCAAGCACGGUCCAUACAAGAACCAGCUGCUGCCCCUGCACGCCCAAACCUGUUACAUCGUGCACGACAACAUCGAGAUCACGAACCCGGGCGACAGCUCGGUCUACAGCAUCCUGACCGAUGCGCCGAUCUACAAGCUCGAGAUCGAGGACACGAUCGAGGAGAAGCUCAAGUGGCCCCCGGUGGGUGCUAUCACCGCGGGUGCUGGUGGUGAGGUGGUGCGGCGUCGCCGCACCCAGUGCCAUCACGGUUACAUCAAGCUGCGGAGCGUCGAGUUCAUCAAACCGAACAAUCCAUCCACGAUAGCAGCAGCACCAGCAGCAGCAGCGCUAUCGCUGGGAUCGCCGGGACCGGGACCGAGCGGGUUGGCACAGCGGAGACCCACAGGAAUCACCGCCACCGGCCAUGGCUUCAGUCUCAGUGAUAGUGAUACUCUUGAUGAUGAUGAUGAUGAUGAUGAUGAUGAUGAUGAAGAGGACGAUGAAGAGGACGAUGAUGACGAGGAGGAACGAGAGCGGAUGGUGGCCGGUCGGGCGAACCGUUCCUUCCGGAAGCUGCAGUUCCGUGACAGUAUCGCCGCCAUCAAGUCAAAGGGACCGAUGCUGAGCAACGGUGUUGCCGGCGGUGGCAAGGGUGGCAAACCGGGCGUACCAUCGACGUCGACCAGCUCGACAUCACCGCCGAGCAGCGAGUACGAUUACGCCUACAUCACCGCGAUCAACACGCACCAGCCGCUGAGCGUGAUGCGAUCAGCUGGUGGGGUCAGUGACCUUGACACCCCGCUCAGCACAACCGUCCUGCCCGAUUACGCCAUCACGACCAUCAGCUGCCCGGUCGAGGUACCGGCGGUGACCGGCUACUACAGUGACGAUGAGUCGGAGACGCUCGAUAAGCUAACGGCACUGUAUGGUGGUCCGGGUGGUGGUCCGGGUGGUGGUCCAGGCAGUCAACCCGCCCGACCGGAGUACGCACACUCCGAGCAGCGCCAGUACCUCAACUCGAAGGGCUUCCUGGCGUACUUUGUGAACCUGUUCCAGGAUCGGUUGGCCGCCGAGCUGGAAAUCCCGGCCGAGGACGUCCGGGAAGCGACCUGGAAGGGUGCGGUCGUGUACAGCGGGCAGUGGGAGAUCAUACCGGCCAUCCUGUGCCCGUGGCCACGGGAAGCGACCGAGUGGGUCCACCGAAAGCGCGACGUUAAGAUCAAUCCACUGACGAAGCAAAAGUUCCAGUGGCCAACGGCCCCGAUGAUCCAGAAGGUGCGCUCGUUCGGUUGCCACGUCAUACCGGUUGGGUACGCGCCGAAGCAGGGCCAGAACCGGUACCGCCAGCUCGAAUGGAAGAUCGUGUUCCCGGAGGCGGAGCGCUACCUCGAGAGUUGCCUGUCCAGCACGCAGAUCAAGCUGUACCUGGUGGCGAAGCUGCUGCUGAAAACGUUCGUCGAACCGUCGUCCAGCCAGACGCUCGGUUGCUGCAUGUUCGGCCUGGAGCACCUCCGGGCCCACCUGUUCUGGCAGUGCGAGCAGAACUAUGCGGCCUGGCCGGAGGACUACCUCGGGGAGGCGUUGCUCCGCUUCCUGAACGCGCUGCUCGACCGCAUCAAGACGCACAAGCUACCGGACUACUUCCUGCCGAGCCGGAACCUGUUCGAGAACGUGCCGGAGCGCGUGCUGGUCGAGCUGCACCGGCGGAUCUUCCGGGUGACCGAGAACCCGGUCAUGCACCUGCUGGUCGCGCUCCGGAACCUGAAGCUACCGAGCACCGGUGCGGCUGCGGUGGGGGCCCCGCACGCUCCCUUCUAUCCGAAGUUGCGCGUGAAGCGCCUCUACUCCUACCUCGUCAUCGACAACCCGCUCAAGAUCGUCAAUCCGAUGCUGCAAGACGAGGACGAGAAUCUGGCGGCCGAAGACUCGGAUGAGGCGGCGGCGAACGAGCGCGAGAUUGCGGUCGGUUCGAUGGCCUACUACAACCAGCAGGAGGUCGAAUCGCGCCGGAAGCGGACACGCAUCGUGCGCUUCCUGGUGGCCGAGCAGCUGCGCAAGGAUCGGGCGGAACAGCCGGUACGGCGCCAGUCGAUCGAGUCGAUCGAUCUCACGUUCCUACCGCUCAAGCACAUGGAGAACCUGCGCCGCCAGCUCAUCUACAGUCUGUUCGUCGAGCACUUCACCGAGAUGGCGCGCAUCUCGUGCCAGUUCCGGGCCCUUAACCAGGCGCUCAUCUAUCUGCGCCAGUCGGAGCGGCUGUGCAACCUGCUGGCCGACGACGAGGGCGUAGAGGAGGCGCAACAGUACCUGACCAAGAUCUACGGCCUGCGCCAGGAGUUGGCGAAGGCGAGCGCCAAGGGUCCGGAGCGGCCGGCCCUACCGCGCCGCACCAGCAGCGGUCUCCAACAGGAGCAGCAAGCGAAGAGUCCCAACAUGAGGCACCGGCGACCCAGUGCGCGGAUAGCGUACAGUAACGUGCGCUCACCGGUCACCGAACGGCGUGCCAAACCUGCCAAAAACCGACAGCAGCAGCAGCAGCAGCAGCGGUUUCUUGGCAAUCAGCAACCACGAUUCUUCUCUCCCGAAGGUGGUGAGGUGGGCGAAUGGGAUGAGUACAACGAGCAGGCAUGGGAGGACGCGCAGCAGCAGGAGAUGGAGCAAGGUGGAAAAUUGGUGAGACCGGUUGCUGCUGCUGCUGCUGCUGAUCGCCGGUUAUCAACGUUACGUUUACGUUUGCAGCAGCAGCAGCAGCAGCAGGUGAGCGUACAGAUACACAGCCCACGAUCACCGGGACCAGGACCGAGAAGGUCGAUGGCAGUGCGCCCAGCCCCUACCGGACCACGGCGCUCGUCCGACGACAUCGAGGAUAUUUCGCGGUUGCUAGGCAAUGUAACGGUGCGCUAGCACCAUAAAACCUCACCCCUAGGAAACAUCAACCUCAAGCUAAGGCGAACGGGUAGCCAGUAGUGAUGGGCGCUUGGAAUCGCAGCCACGAUUUCCACGCCUGCAAAAAAAAUCGGAGUCGAUUUCGAUCCAGAUCGAUUCCGGGAAUUUCGGGGUGGAAAGUGCGGCGCAGCAGUGACUGUGUCUUCUAUAGCAAUUCGCCACAGUUGUUUAUUGUUUUGAUUUGGCUUUGGCGCCAUCGACCACUGUUAGCCAGCGCGGCUGGCGAUGACCGAUUCCCCGAGCCCGCCCGAGUCGACUCCGACCCAGAUCGAUUCCGGGAAUUUCGGGGAGGAAAUUGCGGCGCAGCAGUGACCGCUGCUGUUCUUCUGCUUUGGUACGCUAUUCGUAGCGUAGUUGUUGAUUGUUUUGUUUUAGCUUACGACUUUGUUUACGUUUUCGUGGCCUACCUGCUGCUGCUGCUGCCUGACUCCCGUUGUUUUAGUAGAGCCAAGGUCAGGUAAAAAUUGAUCGUGACCUUGAUUUCAAGUAGAGAAAGACGCCAUCGACCACUCAGGAAUCGAUUCCGUGGGGUGAGGCCUGUUUUGCCCAUCACUAGUACCCAGUAUCCUUGUUAAGACCUUCUCAAACGCAGUAUCUCACAGUGUGUGUGAGAGUGGGUAUGGGUGUGUGUAUAUGUAGAUAUAGAGAGAUAGAUAAUGAGAGCGAGAGAGAGAGAGAGAGAGAGAGAGAGAGAUAAUGAUAACGAUACGGUUUAAAGCAGGACGAUAAGGUCGUGUGCAACCAGUGGCAGCGGACACCGUACGCGUCUCGUUGGCGGUUUUAGGUAGUCUUUUCUGUGAUAAACAACAUUAAAACAAAAAGAACAUAGUGGAAAUGCGA